AUGUUUGCAGACGAAAACCGCGAUGUAAACAUGCCCUCGGAGGAUGAGAUAAAACGACAGAGAAUAGCGUACAGUGGAGACCAAAUCUAUUCGAAUAUUUGGUCCGGAAAAUGGUGUAUCAAAGAUGAGCAUAAACUUCUUUCCGAAUUAGGAAGUUUGACAACGAAUAGUAAUACCGCCUACUAUGAUACUCACAGCAAUUUUCCAGCAACAGGAGUUACUGGGAGUGAUGCAAUAAUUUAUGAUAGCAUCAAUUCAAUAUCGCAAACCCAAAAUUCUCUUUACACACCGUCCAUAGGCGCAUCAAUUGGCAGUAGUUCGUUGACUCCUCUAGUGCCCAUAAAUAUGUCAGACAUGAAACUAAAUACAAGCGGACAUGAAGGAAAUAUAUCACCAUAUUAUACAGAUAGUGGUCAUUAUGCAACGCUAACACAUGUAGAUAAUUCGGAUGGCUUUAUGAAAAGUGAAUCUUCUCUGGUCGGUGCACCUUCCGCUCGUGGUAUAGGAUUACCAUCAGGAUUACGGCCAAUAGCUAUUUUAUCAGAGUCCUCAAAAGUUGUUUCGUCUAAUAAUCAACACCAAAAUCGUUUAAUUAAUGUGAUUGAAAUCAACGAAAGCAAUGAUGUAAAUGGUUACGUUAGCAAGUCGCCUGAUUCUCAGGUAGAUCCAAAUCGGCAGAGUUCACAACAACACUAUUCCCAGAAUAUCCAUCAGCAAACUCUACAACUUAGUACAAAUAGUUCAACAAUUACAUUGCUUCAAUCAAAUGGCGUGCGAGCAGAUGCAUGUAACAGUAAUAUGAUUGACACGGCAAAUUGUAAUUCUUCUUGUAAUAACAUCACUGGAUUUUCUACGAUUCUUCAGAAUUGUAAUCAUUAUUCGGCAGCUUGUGGAUCUGUGGUUUCCUCUACCGACUACACAUAUAAUCCAGCGUAUUCACAGUAUGGCUCAGCGUAUGGUUCUUAUGGAUAUACAGCAGGCACCGGACUAUUAAAUUCCUCAUACUAUUAUGAUGGCAGCCAAAGUCAAACAUCGGCGGUACUAAAUCAAGACAUGCGAUCUCCUUUGGCGGCCACCCGAGCCAAUUCCUUAGCGUCUGCAACUUCACCGACAGGAAGUGCAUGCACCAAAUCGGAAACGUCGGAUAUAUUUUUGGUGUAGCACCUUACGAAUUGUAGACAUUAAAUCUCGUAAAAAGGAAAGAUUGAACAUUUAUAAAACAUAUAACGCACAUUUAAAAUGAUAAAAUCAUCCAGGGAAUAAUGUCUUUUACAUAUAGUUGUGCAUAUUUGGCCUCGCAAUAUGUACAAAAAUGUAAUAUAGGUUAUACACCAUUAAAUACUCGUAAGUUAGACAUAUGACUUGGGCAAUGUCAAAGAAAGUGAACGUCAGAGAAUUAACUUUUUAAAUUGAUAAAAUGAAAUUUCCUAUGUAUCAAAUUUAUUUAUUACCUGUUAUAUGCAUUGCUGACAUGGCGUAAAGGUUAUCUUAGAUAUGUGCAUAAUUGUGUGCAAACCUAUAAAAAAAAAAUUAAAUAUCAACGUCCGUAAAUAAAUAUUUAGG